AGCACAAUCAGACAAUCAUGAAGAUAGCAGGAUUUGAAACACAGAGUGACAAGUGACUCCUCUGGUCAUGAAAUCUGCAGCAAAUACUGAGCAAUACUUCUCUCUUGCUUCAACCAAGGCGGCACGGCUGAAUGACGAAAUACUGAACACAAUUCUGAAACCAAAAACCCAGGAAUCAGACGUGCCAUGCCAACACAAGAAGUUAUCUCGGGCCCAGCAGCGUUUGACUGACAGACAUGACGGGGUGGAAAACAUCUUGAGAUCUAAACCUCCCAAACUUCCAGAGACGCAGAAAGCAAACUACAGAAGGGUAUGUGGAACCCAAAAUGAACUCCGAAGAGAGAGCACUAACCCCUCUGUUCCUAAGAAUAGGCUUCCUCGUGAGCUUGUUCUGGGAAAGCCUCCUCCGAAGCCUGCAAGGCCUCCGAGUGUCGACAUCCAUCGCUUCAGGAGGAAUCUGAAAUUCAGGGAUGGACCACAGAUAAAGAUGUGUCCUGUUGCUCCUCCGCUUGUCCCUCCACGUCUCCCUUCAUGCCCAUCAGCCGACCAUGCAGCUGCUUUGAAUCAACAGUUGUACACGGACGACAUCUAUGACGAUGUCGACAUUAUGGACUUUCCGCACCGCCUUACAGGACAUCCCUCAAAGAGGAGAGAGGGGCCAAUAGAAACCAUCGUCUCGGAGGAAAUAAAAGGCCAGAACAUAAUAACCAAGACAAAUAAGAGGAACCAAGAAGCAAAGAAGAAGUUCAAGAUGAAAGGAUCUGUUCAGGUAAUCGAGAAGAGGAAGUCGUUUGGAGGAAACUCAGACUUGUAUCUGAAUCAAGGCCGUGACGAUUUAAAGGAAGAGGAGGAGACCGGGCCUCUUUCCAAGUCUUCUGCAGGUGCACCAGUUGAUGUUUACAGAGUUUAUCCUCUGCCACAACCAAACACAAAUGGAGAUGAUGUUUAUGAUGAUAUUGAUGGAUGUAUCUACUAUAAUGUCUGACGAUGUGAAGGGCUUGGAUCAUUUUAAUGACAUGGG